UUACACCGGAUGAGUGCGAUUCUUCGAAUAACAACAACGAGUUUCAAGAGAAAAAGUUUGUGUAUCACAUAUUUUCUCCAUACAUAGAUCUGGUUGAGUAAUUGAUCUAGGUUUUUUUGUAGUCAAACGCCUUUAAUUAUCUUGUAUAAUUUGUGAUCUACAAUCUAUCUAUAUUAUGAGAUUCAUUUUAAUUUUUUUCCUGGAUUGUCAGAUUCUUUUAAAAUGAAUGUGAUACUAUUAUCCUACAAAAGUUUUCCGCGCGGGUUUCACAAUAUAUGGAGUAGAUAGCAUUUUCUUUUUAUGGGUGCUUAAAAUGUGUGAUUAAUUGCAAGUAUGUUUAUACUUAUGCUCAUCAUAGACAUAUUUUAAAUACAGCUUAUUGUUCGUUCUUUUCAUUAUAUGACAUACGUUAGUUAAUCAUGUAGAUUGUAUUGGCCUACCGAGUAUUCCUGAGGAUAACUGGCAUUGUAGAUAUUGUGAAAAUAGUUUUGGAAUGCAAAAAGAUGGGGUGAAUCUUGUCUGUACAGUUCUUGUUCAAAGACAUCUUGCUACCAAUCAUAAAGAAGGAAAAAUACUGGAGAGCAGUAGUAGCAAGGAAGUGUGUGAGGAUGAGCUUUAUUCAUGUGCCACUUGCAGGGGCAUGAUUUCGUAAGCAAAGGAUUCACAGACCUGACAGUUAUUAUUUGCAAGCAGUGUGAGAAAGAAUUCCAUGUCGGUUGUUUUGAGAAAGGAAAGGAAUGAUGAUCUUAAGGAAUUUCUGGAAGACAAAUGGUUCUAUUGUAAGAGCUAUAGUGGCUUCACUCAACUCUUGAGAAGUUAGCUAGGGACGAGCUGGAAUGCUUCUUGCUGCCAGUUUAGACCUUCUCAGGAGGAAAUCAGAACGGAAAAGAAAGGUGGCUGUAAAAUGGAGGCUUCUUACCGCCAACAAUUGUUCUGAAAAAGAGAGAGAACCGCUUUCCAUUGUUGUAACGCUACUAUAUGAGCAAUUCGGUCCUAUCAAAUUUAUUGGCAACAACACUGAUCUUGUUCCAGAAAUGGUUUACGGGAGGAGUGCCGAUCACCUUGAUUUCUUCAGGAUGCAUUGCAUCGUAUUAACAGUCAGAUCAAAGAUUGUUUGCCGUAGAAUAAUUCGGAUAUUUGGAGAGGACAUUGCAGAACUUCUGCUGAUUGCAACCAAUGAAAGGGAGCAGAAAAGGGAUACUGCUCGCUGUGAAAAAAAUUAUUCUUCCUGUUAUUAGUGUGCUAAAUCCAUGUAGAUGUAUAGAUAUGAAUUCAAAGUAGUUACUAGGUAACAUGUAUGGAUCGUUCCAGCCUCUGCUGCCAUGAUCUAUGUUUUUCUAUUUUACUUGAGCAGUUGUUGUUUCGUAGUCAGAGAAAUACCUGAAUAACUAUCAAAAGUUGUUGUUUGAAAGGACUACAGUACUGCACAAAUCAAUUACCCGAUCCUAAAGAAGCUCAGAGCCCAGUUAU